AUGGACGUCUUCCGCUUCCGCCUGAAUUGUGUCGACCACUAUCAGGCUACUCCUACAGAAUUUGACCCGAAGCUGCACCGCGAAUUGGGCCUGCCGUCCGAGCAACAUAAUGGAUACCAAGUACCCGUCAUUCGCGCUUUUGGCGCCACCGAGACUGGCCAAAAAGUGUGCGCUCAUAUCCAUGGCGCAUUGCCAUACCUCUACCUAGAGUAUGAUGGGAGCUUGGAACAGGAUGCAGUCGACGCCUACAUUCAAAGGCUGCGCAUCUCUAUCGACCACGCGCUUGCCAUCAGCUACCGCCGAAAUGCGUACAAUAGCAGACUCCAUUUCGUCGGCCAUAUAAGUCUGGUUAAGGGUGUCCCUUUCUUUGGAUACCACGUUGGCUACAAAUACUUCCUGAAGGUGUAUAUCCUCAAUCCCCUGAACAUGACCCGACUGGCCGACUUGUUGCAGCAAGGUACUAUCCUUGCAAAGGUCAUGCAGCCCUACGAGAGCCACCUGCAAUACCUACUGCAGUGGAUGUGCGACUACAACCUGUACGGGUGCGCGUAUAUGGACUGCGCCAAAGUGAAAUUCCGCGACCCGGUGCCAGAUUCUCUGGAAAUGAGAAACCCGGCACACAAAUGGCAUGAUCAAUCAAUAUUGCCCGGCUGGAUAUCGGACGCGAACGAGCUACCGCGCCAGAGCCACUGCCCAAUCGAAGUGGAUGUCUGCGUGCAGGAUAUCCUGAAUCGAAAAGAGAUUCAUUCCAGGCCUAUCCACCACGACUUCAAGGAACGAUUCAACCAUCUCGCGCCCGACGAGAAGUAUGUGCAUUCCAUGGCCGGUUUGUGGAGGGAUGAGACGAUUAGGCGGAAACGUAGGAUGGGUCUCACGGACCCUGGCAGCAGCCCAUUUCCCCCCGAAGUUCUAGUAUCAAUGUCGGCAGAUCCACGAGACACCAGAGACGGCGGUUGGAUUCAUGAAGAGGAAUACCGAGAGAUUAUGUCGAAGCUUGUAGACGAAGAGAGAGGGGUUGAAAGUUGUAGUGAUAUUGGUUUUGAUCAUUUUAUCAAGCCACACCCUCGAGACUCGGAGAUUAAGACUGUCCUCGAGAGUGUCGAAGAUCUCUUCCCAGCACAAUUGGAAAUUUUCCAUGCAACCCAAAAACCCGCUUUCCACUACCGAGCCGAUGGUGCACCCCCGCCGCUUGUGAACGAAGAGAGCGCUACCCAAUUGAACGACGGUGACAGCGCGUACGACUCAGAUGAAGAACACGCCAAGGAGGCCGCCCUAUCUCAAGCGGCAGCACAGCUAAACGACACAGGUACCGUGGAUGAAGGACUAUAUGAUGGGCAGGACGCAGAUCAGGACGAAGCUCGUCCUAGUAAAACUCGCUACGGGGAGCAUGUUCAAGGUCCAGGCGACUUUGUAGAGCCAGUGUUAGGCGAUGAAGAGCAGGGCCCAUUCAAUUCGCAGGAUGAAUACGGAAGUUUCCACGACGAUUCCUUUGAAAGCUCUCCUGAUCAACCUGACCAAAAUCCUGGCGAGGUGUCAAUAGCAGCGAGUCCUGCAAAACGCAGGAAGCUACAUGGCUCUGCGGAAGGCUCCCGCCGAAAAAAUAGUGAGGCACAACCGGAUAGCUCUCCGAUGAACCCAUUACGAAGUAGACUGGUAUUUCCAUCAAGACGCGUUGCUUUCGAUGACAAUGUCCGCGACACAGCAAGAUCAAGAGACAGUCCUCCGAAAAACGCCAGUCAGAAUAUGCCCGCGAGUCAAUCAUCCCAGGGUAGCAUCAAGGCUCAAGGAUCGCACGGACCAAACACGCUCUCGUUCCCUGUCGUCAAGAAUCCCCAUGCUCCCGAGACAGCUCUACGCUUGAGCCAAAGCGAGGGGUGGUCCAACUCUCAGAAGACGUCUCGUACUCCUUCGAAACCCUCCUGGCAGACCAUGGCAAAACAUCCACUAUACACACCAUUGAGCAACGAAAAAUCCAAUGCCACUGGUGCAACAAGCCAUCCAAUGAUUUCAUCACAAGGAAUACAAAUGGCCGAACAACUUCGAGCUGGAUCCUUUGUCUUCUAUGGUCCUGCGGUCCUCUGUUUUGCUCAGCCUCCUCCCACGGCGGAGGCAAUAUCGACUACGAUGCUCGAAUAUGGCUUACCACCCGUUAUCUAUCGAGAUGCCUACUACAGCGACGAACGUGACGUGCCAGAUCGGCCUCGUGAAUACGCCGGGCGCGAGUUCAGGCUUGAAAGCAACACUGUUCCGUUUCUGCCACCUUUUGACCCGACGGGCAGUUCACCUGCAAACUUUGGGGAGAAGCCUGGGAUCGUCGUAGAUAAAGCUAAAGAGAAGGCCAAGCAUCGGCAACGAAGCAUGAAAUGUUCUCUCUUGAACUGGGAGUUCGCUACUGGGCCCCCAACUUAUGCUGAGGUUGAACGAUGGCUAGACGAAGAGAAGAACGCAAAGGUUACCCCCGACACUGAUGUGGACCCAGUUGCAGAGGAACAAAAAAGAAUGCGGACCAAAGCACAAGUUUCACAAAUUGAAGGACCAACUCAAAAGAAUAGACACGGCUUCAAGUACUUGCAAAAACACAAAUCGACGAGUGUAAAGCACGAGACGCAGUACAUGAGUAUCAUGAGCCUCGAAGUACACGCCAAUUCCCGUGGAACCUUACUUCCAGAUCCCGCGGAAGACGAAAUUGCAUGCAUUUUCUGGUGCAUUCAAACUGAUGAUGAGGGGUUGCAUCUUGGUGUUUUGGCAUUAUCAAGCGAGGAUGGAGUCGCAAAAAAAAUGGCCAAACACCUUGACUUGCAGGUCCAGUACGAGGCCGAUGAGCUUGACCUCCUCACUACAAUGGUCGACAUCGUGCGACAAUUCGACCCGGACAUCUUAACAGGCUACGAGGUACACAACAGCUCUUGGGGUUAUCUUAUCGAGCGUGCCAGAUUGAAGUACGAGUACAAUCUCUGCGACGAGUUCUCACGCAUGGAAUCCCAAUCUCAUGGUCGCUUCGGAAAGGAGGCUGAUCGAUGGGGCUUCACUCAUACGUCCACGAUACGAGUCACCGGCAGGCACAUGCUCAACAUCUGGCGCGCAAUGCGAGGGGAAUUGGACCUGCUUCAGUAUACUAUGGAGAACGUCGCCUUCCACCUUCUCCACAAAAGGAUCCCGUAUUUCAAACACGAGGACAUAACCAAGUGGUACCAAAGCGGCAAACCUCGCGAUUUGGCCAAGGUACUUGACUAUUUCUUGUCGAGAGUGCAGUUGAAUCUCGACAUUUUGGAAGCCAAUGAAAUCAUACCACGGACAAGCGAACAGGCACGUCUACUCGGGGUUGAUUUCUUUUCUGUCAUAUCCAGAGGGUCGCAAUUCAAAGUCGAGUCUCUCAUGUUCCGGAUCGCGAAGCCGGAGAAUUUCCUUUUGCCGUCUCCAUCGCGCAGGCAAGUUGGCCAGCAAAACGCACUCGAGUGUCUACCUUUGGUCAUGGAACCUCAAAGUGCAUUCUACAACAGCCCUGUGCUGGUCUUGGAUUUUCAGUCCCUCUACCCAUCGGUGAUGAUCGCGUACAACUACUGCUACUCGACCUUGCUCGGCCGGAUUGUCAGCUGGCGCGGUCAGAACAAGAUGGGAUUCACGGACUUUAAACGCGAGCGGCGUCUGCUCGAGCUGGUCAAGGAUUAUGUCAAUGUUGCGCCCAACGGCAUGAUGUACGUGCGGCCGGAGAUGCGCAAGUCGCUGUUGGCGAAGAUGCUGGGCGAGAUACUCGAAACACGCGUUAUGGUCAAAAGCGGGAUGAAGGUGGACAAAGACGACAAGACGCUUCAGCAGCUACUGAACAACCGACAGCUGGCGCUCAAACUCAUUGCCAACGUCACGUAUGGCUACACAUCGGCUUCGUACAGCGGGCGCAUGCCGUGCUCCGAGAUUGCCGACAGCAUCGUCCAGACGGGCCGCGAGACGCUCGAAAAAGCCAUUGCCUUCAUCCACAGCGUCGCUGAGUGGGGUGCUGAAGUCGUGUAUGGUGACACCGACUCCAUCUUCGUGCAUCUGCCCGGCCGCACGCGCGCCGAGGCUUUCGAUAUUGGCGAGAAGAUCGCAGCCGCCGUCACCGAGCGUAACCCGCGUCCCGUCAAGCUCAAGUUCGAAAAGGUCUACCACCCUUGCGUGCUUCUGGCAAAGAAGCGCUACGUCGGCUUCAAGUAUGAGUCGCGACAGCAAGAGGAGCCUGAGUUCGAUGCCAAGGGCAUCGAGACGGUGCGCCGCGAUGGGACGCCAGCGGAGCAGAAGAUCGAGGAGAAGGCACUGAAAUUGCUCUUCCGCACGCAAGACCUCAGUCAAGUGAAGCGCUACUUUCAGGCACAGUGUCGAAAGAUCAUGGAGGGGCGGAUUAGCAUCCAGGACUUCCUUUUCGCGCGGGAGGUCAAGCUGGGCACUUAUGCUGACAAGGGGCUGGGUCCUCCAGGUGCUCUGAUAGCCACCAAGCGCAUGCUAGCCGACCACCGCGCAGAGCCGCAGUAUGGCGAGCGCGUGCCGUACGUCGUCGUCACCGGCGCGCCCGGCGCCCGCCUCAUCGACCGCUGCGUCGACCCCGAGCGCCUGCUCGCCGACGACCAGCUCGAGCUCGACGCCGAGUACUACAUUUCGAAGAACCUGAUACCCCCGCUCGAGCGCAUCUUCAACCUCGUCGGCGCCAACGUCCGCGCCUGGUACGACGAGAUGCCCAAGGUGCAGCGUGUGCGGAGCGUCGCCGGUGAUGCCGUGGCCGUCGGUGCUGGUGGUGGGCUCGGCGGCGUCAAGAAGAGGCUGGAAAACUACAUGCGCUCCAGCUCCUGCCUCAUCUGCCGCGCGAAGCUGGACCACCAGUCGUCAUCGCGAGAGCAGCAACAGCAACAACAGCAGCAGCAAAAGCUACCUCUCUGCGAUACCUGCCUCUCACGCCCUGACGCCGCGUUGCUGGAGCUCCGCACCCGGCAGCAGCGCGCUGAGCGUCGCGCGCGUGACGUCAACGACGUGUGCCGGAGCUGCGAGGGCGCCUCUUUCGGCGACGAGGUGCGCUGUGAUAGCAGCGAUUGUCCAGUCUUCUACUCAAGGGUGAAGAUUAGAGCCGAGGUGAAAACUGCGAGGGGUGGCCUGGAGAGGGUGCUAAGGGAGUUGGAGAAGGAGCAGGAGGAAGAGGAUCAUGGCGAGGGACUGGAUUGGUAA